AUUGUGAUAGUAGAAUUGAAACACGAUUGGUGCGCCACUUGCCGAUAUAUAAUUUGAUAGAAAAUAUCGAAAUGUCAAAAAAAAAUAUGUAAAACUGAGUCGAUUCUGAAUGGAAAAGAGCCAGAAAAAAGUUUCCAACAAUCUCAAUGGCAUAAAAAUUGAUGGUGUAAAAUGCAAAAGCAGCUGAAAUUUCAUUGGAUUUGAUAAAAAGUGCUUACGAUAAAUGCAAAGACAGUGUGAAAAAUGCAAUCAAUAUCGAAUUAAAAAGGCAAAUACACAACUAAGACAUAAACAACCAACCAACCAACCAACAAUCGGUACGCUGACAAAUUUAACGUGAUUUAGCAUCCAAAUGGAUUUGAUUCAAUCGUACCAUGAUCAGGAAUCACAAAGUUCAUCCAGCGACGAUGAAUCGCGAUUUUUACAGAAAAAUGCCACCGCCACACCAUCAACAUCGUACAGCAAUGAAGUGGCAAUGCCCAAGAUGGUUAGCACCUUUGAGCCACUUGAACGCAUACCCAUCGAUCGGCUUAUGAUUGCAACCGCAGCUAUUGCAGCACAAAAACCAACCAGUCAAAAGCAAAAACAGAAACAAAAACAAGCCGCAUUGAGUUUCGCCCACUGGUUGUCCGACAUCGAAAAGGAUCUUCGCAUGUGUUUAGGAAGCAUUCAAACCUUACAGAAGCAUACCAUACUUGAGUCAAUGGAUCGUUUUAUUAGCAAAUUGACGAAAGACUAUGAGAAAAUAAUCAAACCAAAUACCGCUGAUUUUCUAUCCCACUACAUUCGCACAUACUUACAUAUCUACAAGUAUCUGUUCCGGUCGCUGGAAAAGGGAAAGCGGUACUAUAAGCGAUUCAUCAAAAUAUUAUCAAUUUAUACGGAUCUGGAACUGUGUGCGUCAUUGCGAGGUGCCGAAUAUGAUAAAUCCAUUGCUGAGCGGAUAGUUUUGAUCUAUCAAACGUAUUUGGAUCAUUCGGAUAAUUCGAUGGUUCUGGAUGUUUUGCUCAAUACAAAACGGUUGUGGCGUCAGCAUCGCGGCAUUUUAGUGCUUCUGUUUGAAUAUUUCCUUGUGCGAAAGAUGCCCAUCGAACUACCGGACACGUUGUUCAUGAAGAAUUUGAUUAUGUUCAAAAAAUGGCUGUACAUCGAAGAAGUUCCCGAGGAGCGGCGUAAAGCGCGAGAUGCCUUCGUUAAAUGUGUAAAACCGAAGAAAACAAUUUGUAUGAAUUCCCUGUUCAAGCCAUAUCUGCCCGUUGAUGAGGAAGGAUUUGUAACUAUAGCCGAUUCCAACGAUAUUCUGAAUAAAGAGUAUGCGUUAGCGCCAUUGAUUCGUUGCAUAAAAAAGGCCGAAUUGCGAUCAGAAGUGCGACAAAACGAGGAAAUCAUUAUAUUGACUGAUGACGAGGAUGAGGAUGAUUCGUUUUCGAAUCAUGAAGGCUCUAGUGCAACAUGCAGUCACCAUGACGAUAUGAGUUAUGAUUUCGAUUGGUAUUCGGCUAGUUCACAAAUGGGCAAUCAGUCGUCGCAUAGCCAAAAUGUUGUCGAAACCGUUUCGAUUGAUUCACCACCGCCGGCGCAACAGCCGUCAUACAACAAAAAUACGCCAUCACUUUCCUCUCUUGAUAGCUGUGAUCUGAACAUGGAUACAACCAAUUCCUUAGUCACCGACCGUAAUGGCGAGAGUGCACAGCACUCGGAUAUAGUAUUGGAGAAACAACCAAGCCCAAGUGAACUGCCAUCGACUUCUGAAGCAAAGGUACCAGAUGUGAAUGGGGAGAACGAUCGAAAUUUAUCGACGCUCGAUGAAUCGAUGUUCAAUCGGCUGGUGAAUGACAUCAAUUCAACGCAAGUGAGCAUUCCGGGCAAUGGAAGCGCUUCGUCUGAUAUCAAAAUCACAGAGAAUGGAGAAUCAAGUGUGUGUCGAAUGGAAGAUGUGCAGAGUGAAAAAUUGGAUAAAGAAAAUGGCAUUUUGACUCAUGAACCAGUUCCCUGUUCAAGUAACGGAGAUUCAUCAUUGACAACGCUGAGCAGCGAUCAUAAUCCAGAUGCAACCAACGAAACACCAUCAACUGUGCAACCAAAUCAUAUUGAUUCGAAAACACCCGCAGAAGUUGAGCCGGCUGAAAAUUGUGAUAAUAUUAUAUCAAGCGAUUCGUCAUUGAAAAAUCACGAGGAAACACUGAAAACCAUCAACGAAGUGGUCAACAAUGAUUUGAAAAAUCAUGGACAACCACUUAACGAGAGUGGCACAAGCAAUGACGUUCACACGAAAGAAGCGGCAACAAGUAGAGUUAACACGGCGUCGAGUCCAAUUCCGCAGACAAAUGACGUGGAAAUUGAAUCAAACAAGGAAAAUGAGAACACCGAACCAGCACAAGCGAAUUUAUCGAUGGAAUUUGUGCCGGUGGCAGAAUCAACGGCCAGUGUUAUCAAUGAAACGUCAUUGCUAUCGAAAUCCGAACAAGAUGUAUUGUUCAAGGAUCGCGAUGCUGCUUUAAUUUUCAAUGAUCUGUGGAGCAAUGGCCCGACUGCGGAAUCACCGAAACCGGAGGAGGUUAAAUCGCCACGCUUAUCAAAUGAUAGUCCUCUCACGUUCCUUGCCAAUGGCAUCGAUCCGAAUUUCCACCUCAAAACAUACACAAGGCGACCGCGGCGAUUGGUGGAAACGAAAACUAUAUCCACACAAACAUCACGAUACAGUUUGUCAGGGUGUCCGUCACCGGUUACAACGAUCGAAGAGAAUAACAGCAGUAAAAAGGAUCGAUAUUUGCUAACCGAAAGAAAUGACGAUGAGCUAUUUUUGCGUGAUAUUUUCAAUACAACGGAAUUGCCACCAGUUCGAUCGGGUGGUUCACCGAGAAUUCGUAGUCCAAUGUAUUCAUCAUCGACACCGACCGCUUCGACUCCGAUUGCAUCGACGUCGAUCGAUACACCAAAUGUGACUGAACACGUACAAUCGCUUGCUUGUGUGAACGCAAGUGAAAUAGGAUCGACUGAGGUGGUUGUGAAAAGGAAACGUGGUCGGCCGCGAAAGUAUCCGUUGCCAGAACCAGGAACCACUCCAAUCGUGCCAAAGCCGCCAAAAGCACCGCGACAACCGAGAAAACCAAGGCAGCCGAAACCACCAAAGGAUCCCAAUGAAGAGGAGGUGGUCUUUGAAAAGAGAGUGCUACGCGAACGUAAACCAAAACAAAAACCACCCGAACCGGAACCGGUUGAGAAAUCACGUGAAAAAGUGCCAGCAGCAAAACCAAAACGAUCACGACGACGCAACACAAUCAAAAUGACCAUCGAUGCCAUUUUCAAUACACAAACACCAGCAUUGAGAGCCAUGCAAGCACGACGAAUUUCACAAAUUUUCGGCAUUCCCAUGAUCGAUUCGCAGAAGAUUGCAACGAUUCUGAAGCGUCGCAAUUACAAUAAGUCCAUCAAUAAUAGCAGGAGUAUCAAUAGUGAUAGUAAUUUGAAUGAUAGCAGCAUGCUGCAGACAUUCAUGAAUCGAUCGAAUGGUCAAAUGGUUGACAGUACGAAUGAAAUGAGCAGCCAACAAAGUACACCAUCGACAAUACUCGCCCGAAAGACUUACAUCAAACCAAACAUCACCCUAUCCUCAUUCACUUCCCUUUCAUCCGCAUUACGACGCAUUUCAUUCAGUGCGCGACGCAUGUCAUUUCAUACGCGUCGCAUUUCGUUCAGCGCUACAAAGCGACCGAAAACAACAAAUCGAACAACUAGCCCACGAAAAACACACACGGUCCAGCGGUAUUCGGCUAUCGAUAUAUUUGAUACAUCAAAAAAACGUGGCAGAAAAAAAGGCACCAAAGACUCAGCGCCGCGCAAGAAGUCCGUUAGGAAAAGUAAAAAAGAGCAACACAUCUCAAUUGCAUCGACAACAAACCCGUACGUUUCCAUUGUGGAUAUUGGUAAUAAGGUCAAUAGUGAAGGAACCAUCGAAUUGGUUGAUCUGACAAAUGAGAUCCAUCCAAUGGAAUUGGACACAACCAAUGAAAUGCAAACACAAUUCGCAAACAUUCACACGGCGCUCAGUUCAACGCAACAUACCAUUCAUAAUGCGUCCAAUGAACCAAACGCCACGUUGCCAAUUACCGAACGAAGGAGCUUCCGAUCGGAAGACACUGAAACGGAUUUCACAAACGAACUCACCACCGAUCCAGAGUCAACGGUCGAAGACACCGACGACAGCCACACACGCAAAUCGAAACGAUGCCGCAAACGACCCAAAAUAUUGGAUCUAUAAGAACAUUUCUACGACAUAAGUUAUGUAGUUUUUAAACAAUUUAAAAUAAAUUUAGUGAACACCCGAUGGAAUAAAAAUCGAUAAUUAAUUAUAUAUAUUUCAUGAAUGUCAUGGGUAUGUCUUGAAUAUUGUGUAAAUGCCGAAUGAUCGGCAUUUGAAAAUAAAAUAUAGAGAGAAAAAAAAACACACACACACACAAAUCAAUUCGUAUUGAAUUGUUUCUUUUUUUAUUACCUAAAUUGUCUUUUAGGAGCAAUAAGCAGAUCCGUAAACAUUUUAAAUUUAAGGAAACCAAUUGUUAAGAAAAACAAAUUCUGUCUUUUUUUGCCUUGUAAAUAAAAAUUUUAAGUUGACAAAUAAAUAAGGAAAAA